AUGGCGACAUCCCUCGAGGAGCCGUUGCUUCCCCGGACCCGUGUUUUCGUGAACCCGUUGGAAGACGCCACGCCCGGAUGCCUCCGCGACGUCGGAAUCCAAGCGUUGUUGAUGAUCGCGGGCAUCUAUUUCGUUACUCAGGGUGCAGUGACUAUCGGAGCUGUCUGCCUUCUGGUGUACUGCGUGUUGUAUAUCCGGAUGCAAACCCAGCACGGGAUGGCGCAGCAUUUGUUUGACCCGUCAAAUCCCUUCGACACCAGUGGAAACCGGGUGAAGGAAGCAGAGGAAGACCAAACUACUUCGGAGGGCCCUGCUGCUAACGCGAACACCAAGAGUGCAGUAUGA